AUGGUCAUUGUUAGCCAAGUACAAAGAGGAUUAGAUACCAUCACAGCUGAUGGCUCGGGUAAAUUCCCAGCUGAGAAAGGAAGAUAUCAUCUAUAUGUUUCAUAUGCUUGUCCUUGGGCUCACCGUACUUUGAUUACCAGAAAGUUGAAGGGCCUGGAGGAUAUCAUUAGUGUCACUGUGGUUGAUUGGCUUUUGGGUGAUAAAGGCUGGAAGUUUACUACCCCAGAACCAUUGAAUGGUGCCAACUACUUGAGCGAGGUAUACUAUAAGGCAGAGCCUGACUAUAGCGCUAGAUUCACUGUCCCCGUACUAUGGGACAAGGAGAAUAAGACAAUCGUUAACAAUGAAUCAUCCGAGAUUAUUCGUAUCUUGAAUACCGCCUUCAACGAUUUGAUUGCCCCUGAAUAUCAAAAAGUCAAUAUUUAUCCGGAGCAAUACCAGAAGCAAAUUGAUGAGUUGAAUGAGUGGAUUUACGAUUCUAUCAACAAUGGUGUUUACAAGUCUGGCUUUGCUACCACUCAAGAGGCUUAUGACUUGAACGUAAAAAAGGUGUUCGAGGGUUUGGAUAGAGUCGAGAAGAUUCUGAAAGAGUCUUCUGGUGAUUACCUUCUUGGUAAAGAGUUGACUGAAGCUGACAUCAGACUCUAUCCCACCAUUGUCAGAUUUGACCCUGUCUACGUACAGCACUUCAAAUGUAAUAUUGAGAUGAUUCGGACUGGCUAUCCCCAAAUUCACAAGUGGUUGCGCAACCUUUACUGGAAAGAUCCUGCUUUCAAGGAGACCACUAAUUUUGAGCACAUCAAGUAUCAUUACACCAAAUCUCAUAUCAAGUACAACCCUUAUGGUAUCACUCCUGCGGGACCGGUUCCUAAUAUUUUGCCCCUAGCCGAAUAA